AUGUUAUAUGAGCAUUGGCUUAAAGUGGUUGAAGAAAAUUCGUUGUUGACUAAGGAAAAAGUCAAGUUAGAAGCUCAAGUUGUUGAAGCACAGAAGUAUGCAGUUCAGAAAGAAGAUGAAGCAACUCAAGCUAGAGCUCAGCUGGAAGAGACACAAAAGCAAUUGAGGAUGCUUAAUAAUGGUACAAAUCAGUUGGAUCAUCUUUUGAAUAUUGGGAAAAGUUCUAUGGAGCGACAUGGUCUUGGAUUUAAUGAGGAAUCUUCAAAAACUGAAACUGUGUCUAGGGGAAGAAGAGAGACUGCAGCUGCAUCUGUUUCAGAGUCAAAGCCCAAAAUUGCUACAGAGCCGAAGCUCAGAGUUAAUACAGGGACUGCAACUGCUACGAAGAUUGCAACUGCUUCAAGGAAAACUGCAGAAUUUCAGAGUGCAUCUAGAAGAGUUUUUCGACCUGUUUGUCAUCAUUGUGGAGUUGUUGGGCAUAUUAGGCCAAGAUGUUUCAAGUUAUUGAGGGAGAAUNAUCGAAGGGAGCAAGCUUAUGAUGGGAGAUUUCGUGGUCCAACAUGUUAUCGUUGUGGAGUUGAAGGACAUGUUCAACGUCAUUGUUUUGGAUUUAAUCAAAGGUCCAGUCAUGAAAGUCAAAGGUUCAAGAACGUUUGA